CAACAACAAUGGCUAUGGCUACUAGCUUCUGCUUCUCCUCUAAUUUUUUAUCACCAAACUUAAAGCUCCAUAACUCCAACUCCAAAACCCUUCUUUUCUUUUCUUCAAAUGGAUGCCAUCAACCUUUCCCUUCAUCCAAACGUUUCCCGCGUACAUCAAUCUUCUCUUCUUCCAAACCCUCCUCCUCUGACAACAUUAACAGCAACUUCUGUAUCAUAGAAGGUCCAGACACUGUUCAAGAUUUUGUCCAGAUGCAGCUCAAAGAAAUCCAAGAUAAUAUUAAGAGUAGGCGCAAUAAGAUAUUUCUUCUCAUGGAAGAGUUAAGGAGAUUGAGGGUACAGCAACGCAUAAAGACUUUGAAAGUUAUUGAUGAAAGCAGCGUGGAAGAGGCCGAUGAGAUGCCUGACAUCCAAUCAUCUAUUCCUUUUCUUCCUCGUGUGACGCCAAAGACCUUGAAGCAGCUCUAUCUGACAAGCCUGUCAUUUAUCUCUGGGAUUAUUGUAUUUGGAGGCCUUAUCGCACCAACUCUGGAGUUGAAAGUAGGCUUAGGGGGCACCUCAUAUGAAGAUUUCAUACGUGGCAUGCACCUGCCAAUGCAAUUGAGUCAGGUCGAUCCCAUCGUGGCAUCCUUUUCAGGUGGGGCAGUGGGUGUCAUUUCGGCUUUGAUGUUAAUUGAAGCUAGCAAUGUUGAGCGACAAGAGAAGAAAAGGUGUAAAUAUUGCCAUGGAAGUGGAUACUUGGCGUGCGCAAGAUGUUCUUCAAGUGGAGUGUGCUUGAGCAUUGAUCCUAUGUCAGUGUCCAAUGCCUCUGAUCAGCCUUUGCUAGUUCCCACUACUCAGAGAUGUACUAGCUGCUCUGGUGCUGGAAAGGUUAUGUGCCCGACAUGCUUGUGUACUGGUAUGCUGAUGGCAAGUGAGCAUGAUCCUCGCAUAGAUCCAUUUGACUAAAGAGAAUUAAUAGCUCUCGGUCAUAGCAAUGUAAUAUGUUUGUAGUCACUGUAUCUGAAGAAAAGAUUUUGAUCCAACAACAAAACCUAAACCUAUAUAGGAAUCCAUAGAAAGAGAAAGAUCGACUA